GCUCGGGACGUCUGGACAGUGGAGUUGAAGGGAGCGCCCGCACGCCCCCCUCUCCUCCUGGCUGCAGCGCUCCUGCGCCCAUCUACCCCCGUUUGCCCAGGUCGGGAGGAUCCCCGGGCACCAGACAGCUGGAUUCAUGCCCUUCCAGCGGGGAGACAUGAGCAGCGGCAGCGGGUGCGACGACAACGCUCAGUUCGACGAACAGCUGCGGCUCCAGCAACUCUAUGGGGAGUGCUCCGGGGUACCCGAGGGCAACGAGCCCUACACUUACGUGGACCAAACCGAUGGCACUGCUUACGAGUGGGACCGGGACAAGAAGGCUUGGUUCCCCAAGGUAACUGAAGAUUUCCUUGCUACAUAUCAAGCCAAUUAUGGGUUCCCUGCUGAUAGUCCCUCUUCUUCUGAUACCAAAAAAGAGAAUAAGCCUGAUGAAAAGGAAAAAACUGAAAAAAAACUGACUGAGAAAAAAGACACACAGAAUAUUGAAAAGAAACAGCAGAAAGGAGAAAAAAGGAAGCCUGAACCAGGAUGGUUUCAAGUUGAGGAGGACAGAAAUACAAAUGUGUAUGUUAGUGGCUUACCUCCAGACAUUACAAAGGAUGAAUUUGUGCAGCUUAUGUCUAAAUUUGGCAUUAUCAUGAAAGAUCCCCAAACAGAAGAAUAUAAAGUCAAGCUUUACAAAGAUAAACAAGGAAAUCUGAAAGGAGAUGGGCUUUGCUGUUAUUUGAAGAGAGAAUCUGUUGAUCUAGCAUUAAAGCUUCUAGAUGAUGAUGUCAUCCGAGGCUGUAGACUGCACGUCGAAAAGGCAACAUUUCAGCUCAAGGGUGAAUAUGAUGCCACUAAGAAGAAGAAGAAAUGCAAAGACUACAAGAAAAAGCUGUCUCUGCAACAGAAACAGCUAGACUGGCGCCCUGAGAAGAACAUUGGCACGACUCGAAUGCGACAUGAGCGGGUUGUCAUUAUCAAGAACAUGUUCCAUCCUAAGGACUUUGAGGAGGAUCCAUUAGUGCUAAAUGAGAUCAGAGAAGACCUCCGAACAGAAUGUGCAAAGUUUGGGCAAGUAAAGAAAGUCCUUCUCUUUGAUAGACACCCAGAUGGUGUGGUCUCUGUGUCCUAUAAGGAACCAGAAGAAGCUGAUGUCUGUAUACAAGCCCUCAAUGGGAGGUGGUUUGGUGGUCGUCAGUUAAACGCAGAAGCUUGGGAUGGUGUGACAGAUUAUCAGGUGGAGGAGACAUCAAGAGAGAGAGAAGAAAGACUGAAAUGCUGGGAGUCUUUUCUAGAGCAUCCUAAGGUCCAGAAAGAAUCCCAUUCAUCAGAUCCCAGUUCUGCUUCAGGGAGCAUGGUCCUGGCAACAGGGAAACAGUCCCCACCAAAAGGGCAGACAGAAGCUGAAGUGAGUGAUAGAAAAAACUUUGAAGACAAUGAGAACCAGCCUUGGAGGCAGUGAUAAUGAAGAUCCAGUGUACCUUUAACUCCUUACGUGUAUCUGUAUGUUGAAGUUUGUUGGAUUUCUCUUUCAAGUUUCAGGGCCAUUACUAGUGGUGUUAUUAAAUCAAAUGUCUUCAACUUAGCAGUUUUGAGAUUUUUAUUCAAGUCAGUACCUCAUAAGGAAUCCCCAAAAUAUUUGUUAAUUGUUAUUAAUUGACUGUGUCAGGGUGCAAGUGAACUUGACUAAAUCUAUUUUUCUGUCAAAUCUUUGCAUAUAUACCGCUCUUUGACUUUGAUGUUGAUGAUCUUAGGAAAAUUAAAAAUUCAUUUUAGAAUAUUGAAAUUGGCAUAAGACUUGAGUUUUUAA